AUGACCUUUAACCUGACCAGGUGCCACAGACUGACCCAUUUGAUGCGUGUGCAGCAUGCCCUGGACGACACGAUGAACUGGCUGAGUACGUUGGGCGGAGCCUAUUCAUCACUAGGGGAACAGGAUUUGAAUUUUGCAUACUUAGCUGGUAAGAAAUCAGAGCAACAGUUAAGGCUGGCCUUAUUUUUGGAUAUUCCCCCUUUGGUUAUGAGGUGCAAACUUUUUUGGGCUCUCUCUCUCGCCCAAAAGAAGAAGUUCAAGAGGGCUGAGGUCAUUAUUAGAGACCAGUACGAAUCAGCCAAAAAGUUACUCGUGCCCGAUCCAGUCCUAUUGAACAUGUGCAAGGGCAUCUGGAGUAGGUUGAAGUACCACAAGCUGGCUGCCCGUGGAAGGUGUAAUGGUCGUUGGAAGUGUGGCGAUGUGGCUGAUGGUGUCACUGCAACCAGACUGACGUCAUCAAUAACAACGGAACCAUCAACACCGGAUGUAGCUACAAACUCAAUUGCUAUUCUUACUACCAAUUCAAGCGUUACAGUUGCAGCAAAUCGAACGACAGCAUCGGAUACAACAUCAUCAAUGACGUCAUCGUCUACAUUAUCAUCAUGA